GACCGCUAAUCCAGGAUGUGAAUGUUUUGUUUAGUCCGUACAACUGGCAAAGAUGUUUACAAUAAAUAUAUUCUGCAUUUUUAUUCUUAGUUGCAGUGACCAUGAAGAAAACAACUAGAUGAAAGCUGCAGACGUUUAUCUCUCGCGUUGUCUGCACUUUGCAUGAGCAGAGGGGAUUGAAUGGUCACUGAUUGCUGUCCUCGGUUGGGAUUGCGGCUUGGCCUGUCAGUGUACUGCUGUUACAGUCAUGUUUAUUUCAUAAAGAUGGCAACAAGGGGCACAUUAUAAACUAAAUGACUGUCAGAAACAUCGCCUCCAUCUGUAAUAUGGGCACCAAUGCCUCUGCUCUGGAGAAAGACAUUGGUCCAGAGCAGUUCCCCAUUAAUGAACACUACUUUGGAUUGGUCAACUUUGGGAACACGUGCUACUGUAACUCAGUGUUGCAGGCUCUGUAUUUCUGCCGGCCGUUCAGGGAGAAUAAUGUGUUGGCAUAUAAAGUACAGCAGAAAAAGAAGGAGAACCGUCUCACCUGUCUGGCCGACCUCUUCCACAGCAUCGCCACGCAGAAGAAGAAGGUGGGCGUGAUCCCUCCCAAGAAGUUCAUCUCACGUCUGCGGAAGGAGAAUGACCUGUUUGAUAACUACAUGCAGCAGGACGCCCACGAGUUCCUGAACUACCUGCUGAACACGGUGGCUGACAUCCUGCAAGAGGAGAAGAAACAGGAAAAACAGAACGGACGACUAAAGAACAACGGCACUGCCAUCGCCACGGACACCGAGCCAGAACAGAACAAGGCCGAGCCUACCUGGGUUCACGAUAUCUUCCAGGGCACGCUGACCAAUGAGACACGCUGUCUCAACUGUGAGACGGUCAGUAGCAAGGAUGAAGACUUUUUGGAUUUGUCUGUAGAUGUUGAGCAGAACACUUCAAUAACACACUGUCUCAGGGGCUUCAGUAAUACAGAGACCCUGUGCAGUGAGUAUAAAUACUACUGUGAGAUGUGCUGUAGCAAACAAGAGGCACAAAAACGUAUGCGUGUGAAGAAGCUGCCCAUGAUCCUGGCUCUUCAUCUGAAGCGCUUUAAGUACAUGGAGCAGCUGCAUCGGUACACUAAACUGAGCUAUCGUGUGGUCUUUCCACUGGAGCUCCGCCUCUUCAACACCUCCGGAGACGCAGUCAACCUCGACCGCAUGUACGACCUCGUCGCUGUGGUGGUCCACUGUGGCAGUGGCCCAAACAGAGGGCAUUACAUCACCAUUGUGAAGAGUCAUGGCUUCUGGCUGCUGUUUGAUGAUGACAUUGUUGAGAAAAUUGAUGCACAGGCGAUAGAGGAGUUUUACGGUUUGACUUCUGACAUUUCCAAGAACUCUGAGUCGGGAUACAUCCUGUUCUAUCAGUCUAGAGAAUGAAGGAGCAGAGGGGGAACAAAUGAAGAGCAGAGGAGGAUCAAAAGGAAGGGUAUUUGUGAAGAUGACAUCCGCUAGAUUCCUUUUCCACAUCCCUCUCCUUUUCCUCAUCUCAUACUCAGGGUCUCCAGCUGAGACUGAGUGCCAAAAGCCCUCUGUAAUCCCAUGUGCCAGUAUGACAUUUCCCAAUCUCGCUGCACUCUGUGGGGGAAAAACACAUCUUCAAAUCUGACCCUCAAGUCAGUCACCUGCAUCUGGAAGGCACUUUAUUAACAACAAUAAGUAACACAAAAGCAAAACAACAAAAAAAUAAAAAUCACAACAUACUCAACUACAAUACUUCUGAAAACAUGAAGGAAUCAAAAAGCUACAAAAGGAGCAAUGAGUCCUGGUAGUCUAGCAAGGGUCACUGCUUCUAUUCGUUCAAUGCCCAGGAAAGUGCCUCUCAUCCUGGGUAUCUGAAAUCAGGAGGAGGGAUUCUCUCUCUCGAUCUCUGGCUCAAGGUCAGGGACCUGUUUCGGGUCACUUUAGAUGUUCCAUACUGUGAUGCCCACUCAUCAGUCCUCCUUCGUAUGACUCUUACCCAGUAGCUGGUUGAAUCCGCACAUCCUAGUCCAGUCCUGGUCAUCAGAGGGGCUGUUUGCACUGUGUGACAAUUUGUUUUGGAGUUUGGCAUGUUGUGGGAAUGAAAUUUUGAUUCUGAGCGGUCUGUUACAUGAGUGAGUGUAUUUGUGAGUGUUUGUGUGUCUGCAUUUAGUCAUGCAGGCAGCUGCUCUGAAGUGACUUUGCUUUUCAUCCAGAAAUAGUUGCAGUCUUGUUACCGAGAGAGUUUUCAAAAGUUGUCCUACUGAAUUCUUUGCUCUCUUCGAGUAACAAAGAAAAAGGGCAGAACUGCAAGGCCGAUGAAAUGCUGCUUUUGUCUCCCUUAUCUAACACUGUUGUUACCUAACUUCCAUUAUAGGUAAUGGCCUUACUUAGUUACAAGUGUUAACAACCUUGCAGUCAGCUCUUGUUGUUAGGUUCACCCAAAUCUGCUGGUCCCGACUGACUUCAUCCCACAAAGCAGUCUGCUUCAAUCUCACCUUUAGUUCCUGCUUUACUUCCUCCAGUUGGCUUGAAUACAUCUUUUUUUCUCCUAAAUAGAUGUUGUAACUUGGUCCCUGGUCAUUUUUACAAAGUAAAAUAAUGUGGCAUUUCAUUUUAUCAUUACUUUGAGGUGUUAAAGGAGUAGUUCACCCACAAAUUCGCUGAAAAUGUACUCACCCUCGGG